GUGAAAGUGCCUUCAGCAUAAACAAAUCCAGAACUCUCCUAGGACAAAUCAUUUGCCAACUAAAGGAAAGGCCUGGGGGUUUAUGGUUUUGCUCGGAGCUAGAGGUGGAAACUCUCUGGAGGGACGAGCUGGACUAGGCAUCGGUGGAUGUCCCUGCAGCAAAACAAGGAUGGACGAGGACUCGCCAGAUGGGCUGCUCUUCAAGGACCAUGACUUCUCCUCCGACUUGCUGCGGCAGCUCAAUGGCUUAAGACAAAGCAGGAUCCUGACUGAUGUGAGCAUCUGCACCGGGGCCCAGGAGGUCCCCUGCCACCGCAAUGUGCUGGCCUCCAGCAGCCCCUACUUCCGGGCCAUGUUCUGCAGCAACUUCCGGGAGAACAGAGAGGCCAAAGUCCAGCUGAAAGGCAUCGCUUCCCCAACCCUGGACCAGAUUGUGUCCUAUGUGUACACAGGGGAGGUGCACAUUGCCGCCGACAACGUCCUUCCCCUGAUGGAGGCAGCUUCCAUGCUGCAGUACCCCAAGCUGUUUGAGGCCUGCUCCUCAUACCUGCAGAGCCAGCUGGCUCCCAGCAACUGCCUGGGCAUGCUCAGGCUCGCAGAAAUCCUAAGCUGCGAGACCCUCAAAAAGAAAGCCAGGGAGGUGGCCCUGACGUACUUCCCAGAGGUGGCCGCAUCUGCUGACCUGAAGGAGCUCUGCGCCUUGGAGUUGAGAGACUACCUCGGAGAUGACGGGCUGUGUGGGGAGGAGGAAAAGGUGUUUGAGGCCCUCAUGGCUUGGAUCAAGCACGACCUCCGGGCCCGGAAACGACAUGUGCAGGAACUGUUCGAGCAGGUCAGGCUCCAGUACAUCCACCCAGCCUUCUUCCACCACUUCAUCGCCAAUGACGCCCUCCUGCAAUCCUCGCCUGCGUGUCAGACCAUCCUGGAGACGGCCAAGAGGCAGCUGUUCUCUUUGUAUGGCACCAGCAUCCCAGACUGCAAACCCCUGUCGCAUGUCCCUCCAAGGAACUCUUACCAAGAUUUCCUCAUCCUCUUGGGGGGACGGAAGGACAGCCAGCAGACCACCAGGGACGUCCUGCUGUACAGCAGACAGACUGGCCAGUGGCAGAGCCUCGCCAAACUCCCCACCCGCCUGUACAAGGCCUCAGCCGUCACCUUGCACCGCAGCGUCUACGUGCUCGGGGGCAUGGCUGUCAGCUCAGGGAGGAGUCUGGUCAGCCACAACGUCUACAUCUUCUCCCUGAAACUCAAUCAGUGGAGGCUGGGGGAGCCCAUGCUGGCAGCCCGCUACUCUCACAGAAGCACUGCCCAUAAGAACUUCAUCUUCUCCAUCGGGGGCAUUGGGGAAGGGCAGGAGCUCAUGGGCUCCAUGGAGAGGUAUGACAGCAUCUUCAACGUCUGGGAGAGUAUGGCCAGCAUGCCAGUGGGGGUUCUCCAUCCUGCCGUUGCUGUGAAAGACCAAAGACUCUACCUCUUCGGGGGAGAGGACAUCAUGCAGAACCCUGUGCGCCUUAUCCAGGUUUAUCACGUUUCUAGAAACACGUGGUUCAAAAUGGAGACUAGAAUGAUCAAGAAUGUGUGUGCCCCUGCAGUGGUGCUUGGGGAGCGGAUCGUCAUUGUGGGAGGUUACACAAGGAGGAUUCUUGCCUAUGACCCUCAGUCCAACAAAUUUGUCAAAUGUGCGGACAUGAAGGACCGGACGAUGCACCACGGGGCCACGGUGAUGGGGAACAAGCUGUAUGUGACAGGCGGGCGGCGGCUGACCACAGACUGCAACAUUGAAGACUCAGCCUCCUUCGAUUGCUACGACCCUGAGACGGACACCUGGACAUCCCAGGGACAGCUGCCUCACAAACUCUUCGACCACGCCUGCCUCACUCUCCAGUGCAUACCCCACAUGUCCCCCCUUCCAUGAGGUUGGCGAGAAACCUGUCUCAGUCAAGAUGCCUUCUGCUGUAAGGCAAACCAACUCCAAAGAGCUCAACCCUAAAAGGAUUAGGAACAGGGAGGGCUCACAGGACUGAAGUACCAGAGCCUGGAGGCCUGGAACCAGGCAUAGUAUUGCCAGAACUAACUCUCUCAACUCUCUCUCUCUCUCUCCCUCCCAUCUCUGUCUUUAUCCUGUCUCUCUCCUACCCCCAUCUCCCUUCUCUCUCUCUCUUUCUCUCUCUCUCUCUCAACCCCCUUUCCUCCCUUUCUACCUCGUUUCUAUUAAGCUUCAUUCUACAAACAAGCUUCUUUAUCCACACAGGGUGAGGACAAUGAUGACUGAUAGACUCACAUCCCCUAGCUUUGCAUCUUCAGGAGAGCACUUUACCUUUAUCUAUAUAUUAAACCUAAAAACGAUGCUGACGGCCCUUUUGGAACUCCAUGUCUACCUCUGGAGCUGCUCCCUGUUGCCAGGGACUGUGCUGCUAUGACUGGCUAGUCCUGGAUCACGUCCCCAGGGGCAGAGGUGGGGUUAACUAUUGUGACUGACAGCCUAUCUAUUGUAACCAGAUAGAAGCAGGUCCCCAAAGGAAAAAAUUCUGCCCUGAAAAAAAAACCAUAUGUGCCCAGGGCAACACUGAAAUCUGGAACAGGAGGACGAAGAGAUCCAAGAGGGUCCCUGGAAGCACUUGGUCCAGGUGGCAGCGUGAGAAAUUGGCCACGACUGUGUUUCUUUGCGUUCUAUGGACGUAGUAUAUUGAAAUUCCAGAGAAGUAUGUGCAAGUCCGUAUCUAGUGUUUGUAAAAUUAUCCUGCACCGUCAGAAUAAAGUUUGUUUCUGGUGCCAAA